GGGUCCCCCUGAGGCGGAUGCGCAGGGCCUGGCGGCGCGGCGCGAUGGAGGCCGGUGGUCACGGGCAGGAGGCCGAGGCGGGCGGCCAUGGCGGCCACAAGAAGAAGCACAAGAAGCACAAGAAGAAGCACAAGAAACGGCACCACCACGAGGCGGGGCCGGCCCCGGGGCCCGAACCCCCUCGGCAGCCGCGGCUGCGGCUCCGCAUUAAGCUGGGAGGGCAGAUCCUGGGCACCAAGAGCGUCCCCACGUUCACGGUGGUCCCCGAAAGGCCGCGCUCGCCGUCCCCCUCCCCUCUGCUGGCAGGGGACGAGGAGGAGCCCAGCGUUCCCAUCGAGCAGUACCGGGCCUGGCUGGGGACCUUCAGCAUGGGCUAUGGAUCUUCUCUGGGGCUACAGACCCUCGGCGUGGGCUACGGACCCUCUGCUGGGGCUACGGACCUUCUGCUGGGGCUAGGGACCCUCGGCAUGGGCUACAGACCCUCGGCAUGGGCUACAGACCCUCGGCAUGGGCUACGGACCCUCGGCGUGGCCUAG